AGUAAAAGUAACAUAAUACAAAGUGAAUAAAUUACAACAGUUGUUAAGACUAAAAUCUGAAGACGUAAUGAAUUAAAAGCACGGAUAAACCAAUGAGUUUUUAAAUUGGAUUUGAAAUCAUGGACAGAGGAUGCAGAUCUCACAGAUAAAGGAAGAUUGUUCCACAGUCUAGGACCGUAUAUUAGCAUUAAUAAAACCAUACGCCACAUUUGGCUGAUGUGAGGUUGAGACUCGUGGAAAAACUAGUUUCAGGACACAGGGAUCAUUGUAAUGACGUGUCGCCGGAAAACCACAGAUCAGAUGAGAUUUGGCAUCACUGCAGAAUGAGUCCUGUCAUAGAAAGAGAGAAGGAAAGAGACGCAUGUAAAUGUUUCAGGUGAAACUGAUGAUAGGAACUGAAGGAACAGGACAUGCAUGCAAAUGAGUCUGUUUAUUUGAGAGCACCUGAAGUUUGUUCAUUAACUCAGUUGUGUAUCGUCCGUCUCUCCAAACAUGACACUCGUCUCUCUUCUGCUCACAGCGGUUCUCAGUUUCUCGGCGUGUUCUCUGCGUCAGUAUCACUUUGUGAACCGAUCGAUGUCGUGGGCUGAAGCUCAGAGAUACUGCAGAGAGAAUCACACAGAUCUGACCCCCGUCAACAACACGACUGACCUGCAGAACAUCAUAAACACUGUCAACAGACAGACUGUUUGGAUUGGGCUGCACAAGAUGAAUAACAUUACAUGGAAAUGGUCUCUGGGAGACCAGGCGUUUUACAUCGGAAAUCAGUCACCGUAUCGAGACUGGGGUAAUGGACAACCAGACAACGGCGAAAAAGAUGACUGUGUUUUUAUGGAAAAGGACGGAAAGUGGCACGAUGCCCGCUGUACUGAUGGGAUCUCCUUCAUCUGCUACAACGGCAGCAGCAAAACAUUCAUUCUUGAACAUGAACACAAGACGUGGCAUGACGCUCAGAGCUACUGCAGAGAGAAGCACACAGAUCUGGCCCGUGUGACGAACAACAAUGAAAAUGAUCAGAUGAAGGAACUCAUCAAACCGAAUCAGAAUGCCUGGAUUGGUCUGUUCAGAGACUCGUCAGAUCAAACUGUCAGUCAAAUCUGCACAAAGGUUGAAGUAAGCCAACAUAGAUCCUGGAUUGACAACGACUGUAACAGAACAUUGCCAUUUGUGUGUCAUAACGACAAGUUGAUUUUGUUCCGAGAGAAUGUGACGUGGACGGGCGCUCUGGAACACUGCAGGAGGAACCAGAUGGAUCUGGUGUGUGUGGAAUCAGAGGAGAUUCAGCGUGGUGUGAUGAACGUGAUGAAAGACGCCUCCACCUCUGAGGUUUGGUUGGGUUUACGUCACUCUUGUGUCGUGGGCAUCUGGUUCUGGGUGAGUGGAGAGACCAUGUGUUAUCAGAACUGGGCCGAAGGGAACGGGACGGGUGAAGAGGACUGCAGGGACGGCGGGCGAGCGGCGGCGAUUCAGACGGGACCAGAUCGCACCUGGAUCAGUCUUCCUGGAACUCGCAAACUCGACUUCAUCUGCAGCAAAAUACCAUAAACACACUUAACAUUCCUCUCUUUCUCUCUCUCACACGCUGAAACACAUUUACAUCACUUCAUUUUGCUUUACUUCACUCUUAUUUCAUUUAGCACAAAUCGUAUAAGCCAUCUGAAAAAAGACUCCCAACUGAAAAUAUUUUAAAGAGCCUCUUGCUACUUGUUUUGCGUUCACGACCAUAUUAACUGGGUGAUGAGUGGUGCUUUUAUAAAUUAAUGUUUAAGAAUAUCAAUUAUAAUCAUUAAGCACAUACUGUAUGAACAUUUGGUGUAUAAAAUAAUCAUUUGAAUUAGAUUGUUUUUUUGGGGUGGGGGGUUAUCUAUCAGACUGUGUUUGCUUGUGUGUUCAUAUUUGUGAGUCAAUAAAACUUUGGA